CUGUCAAAUCAUUCCGGUUGCUUCCAUGGAGGCCGGAGGGUAUCAUUCAGUUUUAGGUGGAUACAUACGUGCAGAUUUUAUCGCUUAUUUACGUCGAUGUUUUGAAACCUUUCCUUUCCAUCUUGUGAACUGAUUACCAAAGUUACAUCAAGAAAGUAAUUCGCAUCGGUACGUGCUGAUUUUCUGUGACAAUGUUGAGGAAUCUGUCGAACAUGAAAAACAGCCUGGCUGGGUUAGCUAUGUCCGGACCAGGGCGCUACUUUAGUGUACAAUCUACAAAAUGUUCUCCUCGUACUGCCAUUGUUAUGCUAAACAUGGGCGGUCCUCAGAACACUGAUCAGGUGCACGAUUAUUUGCAUCGGAUCAUGACUGAUCGGGACAUGAUUCAGCUUCCUGUCCAGAGUAAGCUUGGUCCAUGGAUAGCAAAGCGUCGAACACCAGAGGUUCAAAAAAAGUACUCAGAAAUCGGGGGAGGUUCGCCGAUCUUGAAAUGGACAAACAUUCAGGGUGAACUGUUGUGCAAGCAGCUUGACAAAGUAUCCCCGGAAACGGCGCCACACAAGCACUAUGUCGCCUUCCGUUACGUAAAUCCCCUCACGGAGGAUACAUUGAAACGGGUGGAGCAAGAUAAACCCGAACGAGUAGUCCUGUUCUCCCAGUAUCCUCAAUACAGCUGUGCUACUUCCGGCUCCAGCUUCAAUGCCAUUUUUUCUCACUACAAAUCAAACAACAAUGGCCUCACCAGUGCUCGGUGGAGUGUAAUCGAUCGCUGGGGAACUCACCCUCUGUUAGCGAGAACUUUUGCUGAUAAUAUUCGCAAGGAGCUGGAAAAGUUUCCAGUCGAAAAGCGGAAGGACGUUAUCCUACUGUUCUCCGCUCAUUCCUUACCUUUACGGGCGGUAAACAGGGGAGAUGCUUAUCCAUCGGAAGUGGGGGCUACGGUGCAGAAUGUGAUGGAAGAACUGCAGUACUGCAAUCCUUACUGUCUGGUGUGGCAGUCGAAAGUUGGCCCGCUUCCAUGGUUGGAACCAUUCACUGAGGAUGCCAUCAAGGGGUACGUCAAACAGGGCAAGAAAAACUUCAUUCUAGUCCCUAUUGCAUUUGUUAACGAGCACAUUGAAACUCUGCACGAGUUGGACAUCGAAUAUUGCCAAGAGUUGGCUCACGAGGUCGGAGCGGAGAAGAUCGGUCGGGCAGCUGCCCCCAACGAUCAUCCGUUGUUCAUUGAUGCUCUCACGGAUGUGGUUCGGACGCAUUUGCAAAACGGCGAUCGAGUGAAUCCUAAAUUUUUGCUCCGAUGCCCGGCAUGCGUGAAUGCCAAGUGUCAUUCCAGUAAGCAGUGGUACCGGCAGAUUUGCAAUUGAUAAUUUUCGCUUUUAGUUGAUAUUGAAUUGGAAUCAUGUUUGUGAUUGAUUUGUUAAGUUCGUUUGAAUAAAGAUACAAUUUAAUGGUUUUGGAA